UCCACCCCAUCACCUUGGACCAGUAAAGGCCUCAGAGUUUGGAGGACUCACACCAUGGCUCACCUAAAGGUUUUGGCUGGAUUGUCACUUCUGAUGUGCCUCCAAAUCGUGUCUUCCAGCAAGCUGGUGUGCUACUUCACCAACUGGUCCCAGUACAGGCCAGGUGUUGGGAAAUAUUUGCCCCAAAAUGUGGACCCCAACCUCUGCACACAUCUGAUCUAUGCCUUCUCAAUCAUUAGCCCCUCUAAUGAGCUGUCCACCUUCGAAUGGAACGAUGCUGUUCUGUAUAAGUCUUUCAAUCAACUCAAGCAAAGAAACCCCCAGUUGAAAACGCUGUUGGCUGUUGGUGGAUGGAACUUUGGAACCACACAAUUUACCAUCAUGGUUUCCACCCCAGUCAACCGCCAGACAUUCAUCCAGUCUUCCAUCAAAUUCUUGCGACAGUAUGGCUUUGAUGGACUGGACCUGGACUGGGAGUAUCCCGGAGCUCGAGGGAGCCCACCGGAGGAUAAAAUGAGGUUCACAAUGCUUUGCCAGGAACUACUGGCUUCCUUUGAGGAAGAAGCUGCAAGGACCAACCAGCCACGCCUGUUGCUCACAGCUGCAGUGGCUGCUGGCAAGGGAAAUAUUGACAAUGGUUAUGAGAUUGCACAAGUUUCAAAGUUGUUAGACUUUUUGAAUAUCAUGACCUAUGAUUUUCAUGGAGCAUGGGACCCAUUCACCGGUCACAACAGCCCCCUUAACCGCUCUUCUUUUGAUGAAGGGGAUAAUAUCUACAACAAUAUAGACUUUGCAAUGAAAUACUGGCGAGACCAAGGAGCUUCUCUAGACAAGCUCAAUGUCGGUUUUGCGACAUACGGGCGCACAUUUCGUACAACUUCAGCACUUAAUGCCGUUGGAGCGCCUGCCAACGGACCGGCCUCAGCUGGGCUCUACACUCGUGAAGCUGGGUUCUGGUCUUACUAUGAGAUUUGCACAUUCCUCAAAGGAGGAAGUCUUCAUUGGAUUGACGAGCAGAAGGUGCCCUAUGCCAUUAAAGGCAACGAAUGGGUUGGGUUUGAUAACAGACAGAGCUUUGAAAUCAAGGCACAAUACCUGAAAGAAGAACAUUUUGGAGGAGCUUUUAUCUGGGCUCUGGAUCUUGAUGAUUUCAACGGACAGUUCUGUGGACAAGGAAACUACCCACUCAUCAGUUACCUGCGCUCUCUUCUGGGUUCAGAUUUCCCAACACCAACUCUGGAAACCACAAACUCAUCUCAGUCCACGAUGGCAACAACCACAAAUUUCCAACCAACUACCAAUGCCCCCAAAAUCACCUAUUCUCAACCAACUACCAAUUUCCAAACAACCACCACUUCCAAAUCCACCACCACAACUGCUGCUUCCGGUAGCGGCUUCUGUGUUGGGAAACCUGAUGACCUUUAUGUCAAUAGUGAUGACAAGGCCACCUUUUACCAGUGCUUCAAGGGACGCACGUUCAUCCAGAACUGCCCUGCUAAUCUUGUUUUCAGUAAACAAUGCAAUUGCUGUAAUUGGUCAUAAUACAUACAGUGUGAAAUAAUUUCCUUCCUUAAACAAGACAGCACAGUAUGUUUCUAGUCGACCAUCUUAAUUAAAUAGGAAUAUACAGUAUUCAAUGUGGCACAGGACAAUCCCAUGGUUAUCGUUGUUUAUGACAACCACCUGAAAAUUGCAUAAUAAAAAUCCUCACUUUUGUUACAGUCUACCUUUUUUUUUUACUACUACUGUGCUACUAUAUACUCAGAAUUGCACACGUGUAAAUAUAAUUUAAAUAUUUGACCAUUAUUCAACUCCACACUAUUAAAACACU